AUAUCUCUAUUUUACAGUUUUUUCAGUAGACUACUGGAACCACGUUCCGUAGAAGUCCUACGUUAGAAUGAAGCCCUUGCGAAAUAAUGAAAACUCACCAAAUAAUUCCAUCAGCAUCGAACUCAGUUUUGACGAGGACACGCAGGAAAAUCUUGGCCUGGAUUCCGGUUGGGCUUGGGUCGUUCUCGCAGCUGCAACCGUGGCAGUGGCUACUUCUACUUCAAUGAAUGCGACUUUCGGGUUUCUCUUCGGCCAAUUUCUAACUGACAUGGGCGCGGAUUCUACGUCCAUGGCGAUAGUUUUGGGCGCUUCGAGUGCCAUUUUCUCCCUUGGACUGUUCGUCUCCGGCCCUUUAUCAAAACUGCUGCCGACACGAGCAUCGUGCCUCGCUUGCUCCCUGGUGAUGACUUCAAGUCUGGUUUUGCUCUCGCAAGCGGUUCAUGUGUGGCAAUUCGUCGCCAUAUUUUCAGUAGCUUAUAGCUUGGCAUCCGGCACAAUAUUUGGUCUCAGUUUCCUGCUCGUCAACCAAUAUUUCGACAAGCGAAGAGGACUCGCCAUGGCUGUAUUCUUCGGGUUUUCGUCCAUCGGAAGAAUGAUUUUGCCUUUGAUGUCUGCAGCCCUUUUGCCGAUGAUGGGCAUCAAUAAUACUAUUCUCGUCAUUGGUGCUGUUUGGGCAAUCACGAUCCUGGCAGCUGCAUUGCAUAGGCCGUACCAAAAGCCGAAACCUCUCCCGAUUAUCAGCUCAUCGUCGGAUGUUAAGCUCGCGGAUGGGUCUCGAAUUGAUCCAGUGUUCAUAAACCCGAAGAAAACUGUUGAACUUGAGAAAAAUGAAAAUAGAAGUCUCAAAGUUUGUGAUGGAGAGUCCGAAGCAUACACGAAUGCCGGGUACAUCGAAAACGAAAUUACGCCUCAAUUCGAAGACCGGAAAACGGAAGAGAAAGCUGAGCAGCAAUCUGAGACGACCACAGAAAACACCCAAGAACAAAACGGUGAAACUGAGAGGUCAAAAGGAUGCGGUUCGUCACUCAGCCUGUUCCGCCACUUGAAUUUUGAGCUGUUUCGGAAUCCAAUUGCACUGCUCAUCAUGUUCUCAGAGUGUUCUUCAUGGACUGCAAUCAAUCACAUUUCUUACAUGAUAAGUGUGAUGACGAGGGAACACGGUUUCACGAAUGCUGAAAUUGGCACUUUCAUGGUCAUCCCGGCGGUCAUGGACCUGAUCGCCAGGAUGACGGUGCCUCUGAUGCACGACAAAAAUUGGCUGCACCCGAAAACUGCAUACAGCUUCGGUUUGCUGUUCAUGGCGGCGAGUGCUUUUGGGUUCCCUGUAGGACCCCGAACGUCUUGGGCGAUCAUGCUGUGCUGCGGCCUUUUCGGAUUCGGACAAGGCUGUUCAGUUUCGCACUUCGGCCUGGUCGCAGUUCGCUAUUGCGGACUUCCGCAAUUGCCUUCCAUGCGAGCUUUCAGCGGGAUGUUACCGGCAUUCUUCAUCAUAGCUUUCGGUGGCAUCAUCGGAGCGUUGAAAAAUGUGACGGAGUCUUACGAGACGGGAUUCUAUGCUGUUGGAGCGUUUUCAAUAAUUCCUGCACUUUUGUGGUGGUUCUGCGAGCCAAGAUUCAGUCACUCGACAGAAAACUCCAAAAUGAAAUCUGAUGGAGACUGAAAUGCACACCAAAUGCCUCCGUGCCGAAUGGAAGUUUGAAAGGGAUUGAAUUUCAAGGACGAAAAUCUAGAAAUAUUUUCGGCCGUUGCCUGCGUCCGAGCAAUUUUUUUUAUCGUUUAGAACCCGGUCACACAUGCAACACUUGAAAAGUGUUGGUUUGAAUAUCCAGCAAAAGGUUGUGUUCAACAUUUUCUAAUACUGUACUGUACUAUAGCUUUUGUGGAUUUGUUUGACUUCUUGAACCGCAGUGAUAUGUUCCCCAAUUUGCAUCUACCAUUGCCAUUGAAUGUACAUUAUCUUGCCUGCGAGAGCAAAUGAAAACUUGUGAUAUUGGAACGAAGA